AUGAACAGCAAAGUCGACUUUCACGGUAUUGGGACCCAGAAAAUUAAGAACUGGAAGAAAAUUCCGGUUUAUGGUAUGGCAACAGUUGCGUUUAUUACACUGUCCGUAAUAUCUUUCAUCGUAGCUACUCAUCCAGCUUGCCAAGUAGAAAGCAUUCACGGUUUUUGGGGACGAAUACGCAGUAACAAGACGGAAUAUUUGGAUAUGUACUCCUAUGUACCUCAUCCGGCAUUGAUUAUAAUCGAUUUCAUUUGUCUCGCAUUUUUCUCAUGUGACUUGUUUUUCAGGUUCAUCACUUGUCCAAGCUGGAAAAAAUUCGCGAAGAAUUCACUAAACUAUGUCGACUUCGUUGCAAUUCUUCCUGAUUAUAUCGACAUCAUUGUUGCCAACACAGCUGAGACUAAUGUUGCAUUGGAAACCAUGCAUUACGUGAAUUUUUUAAGAAUAUUUCGUGCCCUCAGGAUUUUCCGCUUGGUCCGUUAUGUCCCAGGCUUGUGGAUUAUGCUGUACACAUUCAAAGCCAGUUUCUGGGAUUUGUUGUUGAUGAUUUGUUUUAUGAACGUCGGUAUGAUUAUGUUUGCUACUUUCAUCUAUUACGCCGAGGAGGACAAUUUCCACCAUAUUCUCAUGGGUAUGUGGUGGGCACUGAUCACUAUGACUACGGUUGGUUAUGGAGACAGGGUCCCAAGGAGUAGCGUAGGAAAACUUAUUGGUUCUGCUUGUGCUAUUGCUGGUGUGUUAACGGUUGGUUUCACUGUCCCUAUAAUCGUCAAUCAUUUCUCCAUGUACUACAAACAUAUGCAAUCCAUGCAAGCAGCACGAAAACGCGAGGAAAAAGCCAAGAAAGAAAUGGACAGGGUUACAAAAUUGACAGAAGAGUAA